CUGGAAGCCCAUCAGCUUGAUGCUGCGCAGUCGAGGGACGAGACCAUUGCCACUCUUUCACAGGAGGUGGAGCGACUGCAGGGACAGCUUGCUGCCGCACAGCGUGGUUGUGAGCGUUGCAGCUGUUCAAAGGAUUUUGUGGUAAACUGUCGUGAGUGUACUUCGAAGGAUGAACGUAUGGCCGGAUGGAAAAGUCGUGUAAAACUAAUUAUUGCCAAGUCUGAUGCAGAGAAACAUGCUCUACAAGUUCAGUUGACUGCGGCAAGAGAACAAGCGUCUCGGGAUCAACUUCUUUUUAAUGAGUCAAUUGAGUGGCUAAGAAGCUCAAUGGCGAAGCUACAGUUUGAGAUGUUGGCUGUUGUUCGUGAAAAAGUAAAAAUGGCUGAAAACCUUGCACAGUUGGAAAAAUUUAGGUCUUUGGUCGUGCAAAAGUUAGCUCCUGUUUUGUAG